AUGACAUUGAGCUAUCCUCAGCUGGAGCUCCUGGUUCUAGAACUGAGGUCUACGACAGAAGAAUUUGUAUGUGUAACAGGAAAACACACAGAUUAUUCUAACUACAUGCAUUUCUAUCUGCACACCACGGUCUAAAAUGAAUGUGUAUGUUAUCAUCCGGUCCCAAAUCGUUCCCUAUCCUUCCCCCUUGGCCCUUACCCUUCAAUGCACGAUCUAUAAGGCGUUAGUAAGCAAAAUGGUGGACGCUCCAACACUACACUGCUUAUGCUAUCCAGACCCUUUAGAUCUGCAUGCAAUGAAGUGUUAGGGCUAAAGCGAAUGUGUAGGGAGCGAAUUGGAACCGGGUGUCCCAACUCCAUAAACAUUGUGCUCAGCCCAACCCCUGUCUCUUUCCCCUCACAGUUUCUAUGGCUACACCCAGCAGAACUGUGGGGACAACGUUGCAGCUGGUUAUUAUAUCCUUAGCCUGAAGGGAGGAUUCAGGUAACUGUUGCGCCAUCUUGGGCUGCAAAUAACUGCCUAUGCAUGCCCUCUUUUUGACCUGUUGGUGAAUAUUGAUGUGCUUUCAGUGUUUCUUUGUCAUGCAUUUGGAUGUUUUUGUUGUUGUUGUAUUUGCUGAUCACUGUGUCAUUCACUUGUUGUUAUUGAUGACUAGUCUGUUGACCCUCCAGGUUUGCAGGGCAGUCGGGAGUGGUUCCAAUGAGACAGAAGAGAACCACUGGGAUACCUCCAUAGAGGAAGUGGAUGUCAGCAACACACUCAUUAACUACACAGGCCUGGAAAACCUGGGUACAUACCACUUUAUUCAUGGGGUGGGGAUUUGUAUUAAUGCAGGAUCAAUAAGCAAGUUACCCUUCCUAAAUAUUAGUGGAUAACCAUUUUGGUUCAUAUGUAUUUUUAUGGAUGUACUCAAUGGCAGUGGUUUUCAACCUGUUUUCCACAGGUUUAAAAAAAAAAAUGUUUUUAACAAUAAAUAACAGUUGGGAGUAUUAAUGGUAUUAUAUGCAAUUUUACAUUACUUUUCACAAUGUAAAUAGUUUAUAAAAAUAAAAAUAGGCCUUUAAUCUGUUACAUUCACUGACAAAAUGUACUCUAAAUUUGACCGCCAGGAUUUUAUGUAAAAAAAGUUCUGCGACUGCGGAUGGUGGAUCUCGAGCUUUUGGCAGUUGGGAACCACUGCUCUAUGCUGUAAAAUAUAACUAAUUUUUCUCUCUUUCUCUCUCUCUCUGUGAAACAGCGGGAGCUGCGUACUCUCUCUGUGAGUGGCUGCGCUGAGGUGGAUCACUGGUUCCUGUCCCGCCUACAUAUCUUCCAGGACACCGUGGAGGAGCUGGACAUUUCCAACUAUCCCUGAAUCUCUGUGGUGGGCCUGGCCGCACUGCAGAAGCUGAAGUACACUCACCCACACUGGAGGGAAUGACAAAGACAGAGGCUUUUUUAUCAAUUUGUCUUUUCUCGGUUACUCACGUCCUAUCUCCUUGCUUCGUUCUUAAAAUGUAUUGGAGGAAAAAAAUACAAUGUCCCUCCCUUUGGACAUUCUCCUCCAAUGCGUUUUGAGAAGAAGCUGAGGAGAGAGGACACAAGGAAUCAAGGGAAGAUUAAUUGAGAAAGAGACAGAAUUACUCAAAUGUCCAUGCAUCUCCUCAUGGCACUUGCCUUAGAUAUAUUUGCAUAUGUGUAUGUAUAGGGGUCAAUGGACUCCUUAACUUCACUAAUUGACACAAACAUCCCUUCUCUUCCUCUUGUGUAUCAGGGGUCUGUGACGGCUGGAUGUGUCCUCCCUCCCCAGGCUCCAGAACCCUGGGCUGGUCGCCAUCCUGCUGGAGGAGAUGCUUCCUCACUGCCAUGUUACUGCUGUUGGGUACGACCACAGCCUGAUCUACAGCCACACACAGAUAGACGCCCAGACAUGGAUAAAGGCCCAGGCUGAGGCUGGACCUCAAAGACUGACUAGAGAAGUGGAGAGACACAAUCAAAGUCGUGCAUGGUGACAAAUGCACAAUCAAGCAGUCCGCUCUUAUUUGCUCUCUUUCUGUCUCUUUAACUAACACUUACACAGACAAACAGGCUGGGAGGGAUGCCCAUUUAGUUUGUGAUGUAGAGCCUCACUGAUUAAAAAUUAUAAAUUAACAGACAAGUGUUUUACUUACUUGUAGAGCAUCAUUGUCCUCCUUAAACUAUCAAAAUGAUCCGUCCAAAAAUAUUUGCUUCAGAAAAUGUAUAUAUUAUGAUGGUACAGAUGUUUAUAAUGCAUUGUAUUGGUGAUG